AUGGGUGCUUUCCAGAACUUUGUCGACGGCUUCAAGCCCGAGGUCAGCGACCAUGACUCGGUCAACUCCCCCGCCCACUACGGCGACAAGGACUCCAAGGACUACGAGAGCGGCAACAACGCCCUCGCCGGCUUCAAGGACCCUCAGGCUGGCGACGGUGGCCUGAAGCGCAGGCUCACCGGUCGUCACGUUCAGUUCAUUGCCCUCGGUGGUUCCAUCGGUACCGGUCUCUUCAUCGGUUCCGGUGGUGCUCUCUACAACGGUGGUCCCGGUUUCCUCAUGAUCGACUUUAUCCUCAUUGGUAUCAUGCUUCUCAUGGUUGUCAUGGCUCUCGGUGAGCUCGGUGCCAUCUUCCCCGUCGCCGGUUCCUUCGCUGCCUACUCGACCCGUUUCAUCGACCCCGCCGUUGGUUUCGCCAUGGCUUACAACUACUGGCUCCAAUGGCUCAUUGUCCUUCCCCUCGAACUCGUCGCCGCUUCCAUUGUGAUCACCUACUGGGACCCCACCGAGGUCAUCCCCCGUGGUGUUUGGGUCGCCGUCUUCCUCAUCGUCAUCACCAUCAUCAACCUCUUUGGUGUCCGCGGUUACGGUGAAUUCGAGUUCUUCGGCUCGCUCAUCAAGGUUCUUGCUGUUAUCGGUUUCAUCAUCGCCGGUGUUGUCAUCAAUGUCGGUGGCGGUCCCACCGGCCAGUACUUCGGUACCGAGACCUGGCGCAACCCUGGUGCCUUCAACAACGGCUUCAAGGGUUUCUCGGGCCUCUUCGUCACCGCCGCCUUCGCCUUCGCUGGUACCGAGCUCAUUGGUCUUGCGGCUGCCGAGACUGCCAACGCCCGUAAGGAGAUCCCCAAGGCCGCCAAGCAAAUCUUCAUGCGCGUCACCAUCUUUUACGUCCUCGCCCUCCUCAUCGUCUCGUUCAUCGUCCCUUACACCGACGACCGCCUUGUCUCGGGUACCUCCUCGUACGACGCCAGGGCUUCGCCGUUCGUGAUCGCGUUCAACAUUGCGCAAAUCGGCGUAUUGCCAAGCAUCAUGAACGCCGUUAUCCUCGUGAGCGUGCUCUCCGUAGGAAACUCGGCUGUCUACGCUGCUUCGCGUACGCUCCAGGCCAUGGCUGUCAUCGGCCAGGCCCCCCGCCUCUUUGCCUACGUUGACCGCCAGGGCCGCCCUCUCCCUGGUGUCAUCCUUUCGCUCAUCUUCGGUCUGCUCGGCUUCCUCAUCUACGCCAGCGAAACUGCUCGUGGAACCGUGUUCAACUGGCUGCUGGCCAUCUCGGGUCUCUCGACCAUCAUCAGCUGGCUUUGCAUCUGCAUUGCUCACGCCCGUUUCCGACUGGCAUGGCACCGUGCCGGCCACACGCUCGAAGAGCUUCCCUGGAAGUCGCCCUUCGGCAUCUACGGCUCCAUCUUCGGCGCUGUCUUCAACGUGCUCGUCAUCUGCUUCACCUUCUACGUCUCGGCCUUCCCCAUCGGCGAGGGUGACAUGUCCAAGAACGACCGUGUCAUUGCCUUCUUCCAGGGCUUCGUCUCGGUGCCCAUCGUCGUCUUUGUCUUCUACAUCCCCUUCAAGAUCAUCAAGCGCACCAAGCUGGUUAGCAUCGACGACAUUGACGUCUCCACCGGCCGCAAGGACCCCGUCCCCGUCGAGGUCCUCCGCCGCGAGCGCGAGGAGGAGGCCGCCAAGCCCAUCUACAAGAAGAUCUUCAACUUCUUCUUCUAG